AUGGACAACACGGCCAAACAGUGGGCCGAGCGUACCCCUCCCAUCCCAGCAGACACCCCCGGUCCCCGCAGCUCUCUGGACACUGAGUUCUCUGUGAACGACCUGAGUGGCUCCACCAUCCAGAGGCAGAGGAGGGAGCUGCAGCUGCUGAUGGCUGAGCUGAAGGACAGAGACAGGGAGCUGAACACCAUGUCCGCCUCCCAUCAUAAGCAGCUUCACGCCUGGGAACAAGACCGCCAGAGGGUGCUCACCUUGGAGCAGAGGUGUACCCGUCUGGACGAUGAGUUGCAGAAGCGUUACGAGGUGAUCAGAGUCCUGACUAAACGUGUGUGGGUGGUGGAGACCAGGGAGAAGGAGGUCCAGAAGGAGCUCAGCGCAGCCCAGCGGCAGCUCUCUGAGCUUGAACAGAAGCAGCAGCACGUCAGCCAGAAAUGUCAAGACUUCGAGGAGAAGAACCAGAGUCUGAACUCCACGCUCAUGGCUCUGUCCUCUCAGGUCGGCUCUCUGCAGGUCAGGGAGGAAGAACUGAGCUCCAUGCUCAAACUCAAGGAUAAAGAUGUGACUGAGGCCUCGGGUCAAAUACUCGACCUCACAGGACGCGUACGAGACCUGGAGACGUCGCUGAAGGAGAGUCUAUCACGGGAAACCAAGCUCCUGAGGGAAUUAGAGGAAAGUAAACGCCGGCACAGAGAAGCAAGACAUGAGGUCACACACCUUAAAGAGGAGCUGCAGCAGCAGGUGACACAGAGCAGCUCUCAGAGAGAGGAGAUCAUCCGACUCAAACAGGAGCUGCAGCUGCUGCGCAGAGAUCUGGCUUUGACAGGGGAGGGCGACAGCUGGAAAGACGAGCUGCUGGAACUGGCUCGCUCCAAACAGGAGCGCACCAUGACUGAACUCCGCUGCCUGCGUCAGGUGUGUGAGAAUCAGAGGAACGACCUGCAGCUGUUGCAGUUAAACCUGGAAAGUGCCCGUGAAACCCUGAAGACGAAAACCAGUGGGAGGUUACUCGGCAGAGGAGCUACUGUGUUGGAGUCAGUGAACAUUGAGGGGAUGAACGGAGAAGAACGGCCUUCAUGCCGCCGCAGUUCAGAGCCCAGAAGGAGAAAGAGACAUGGACCGGCUGAAUGCAGCGAGCUCACACCCACACUCAGUGAUGUGACCAUGACGCUCCCUGAUCUGACCUUCAACUCCAACUCCGUCAGUCUCCACAGACGACCAAGAUCAAGAGGAAAUCGCAGCACGUUCACCUCCUACAUGCUCGGCUCUCGAUCUAAAGACGGUCGGCGGGCAGCAAACUGCUGCCGGGAUCAGCCAUGCGGAGAAAAUCAGACCCAGGAGGAGCUGACCUGUAGCUGUGUGGAGAACCGGUCUCAUGCCUCCGUCAGGGGGAAGAACUCGGGACCGGCGGCCGACGCCACGGCCGCACCGGGAGCCGGUCUACGAGGCUCCGUGACCGACGACCUGGGAGUCUUCCCGCCGCAGCUGACAGAUCUGAUGACUGAGCGUCUCCUCCUAUCAGGGUGA